GACAUGAACAUGAGAGCAGCGGUGGUGACUGUGGAAGACAUUCUCCGCUACCACUUCAAGGACAAGACCCUCCUUCAAGAUUCGUUGACCCAUUCUUCCUACAGUGACUCUCCUUCCUACCAACGCCUCGAGUUCGUGGGUAACGCCAUUCUCGGCCUCGUUCUAGCCGAGAAUAAUGUAUUCCGAGACUACCCAGACCUCGACCCCGGUCAUCUCUCUCUCCUCCGCACUGCCAACAUUAGCACAGAGAAGCUCGCCCGUGUCGCCGUCCGCCACGAGCUCUACCGCUACGUUCGUCACAAAGCCCCUUCUCUUGAAGCCAAGGUUAGCGAGUUCGUCCUUGCUGUUCAAGAAGAAGAUGGCGCCGUUACCUACUGUGGAUCUGUUAAAUCGCCUAAGAUUUUGGCAGACAUUGUUGAGUCCGUUGCCGCAGCUGUUUACGUCGACUGUAAUUAUGACCUCAAAGCUCUAUGGAAGGUUUUUAAGAGACUUAUGGAGCCAAUUAUUACCCUUGAAACCUUACACAAGCAACCACAGCCGGUGACCGUGUUGUUUGAGUUUUGUCAGAAGCAGGGGAAGCAAGUGGACGGGAAGCUCAUUGGCUCUGGUUCCUCAGAUCAAAAGGAGAUAGCCAAGCUUAAUGCUGCAAAGGAAGCUUUGGGAAAGCUGUGGAAAUUGCAACCCUCGGAGACCAAGACUGGGGGUGGUAAUGGAGCUGACAAGAUUGAGGGGGCUAAGCACAAGUUGAAUGAGAUAUGUGGCAAGAAGAGGUGGCGUCAGGCCAAGUAUAGGUAUGCACUUCCGUUCUUUCUGGAACUCAAUUCUGCUUUCAUCUCGGAAAACAUUCAGUUGUACACUAUUAGGAAGUGA